CCAACAGCAGCGCCGACGGCAUCUGCAUAGCAUUUUAUCAUGACGCCCCUACGAUGCGCAGACAGCGCCUCUGCCGCUCGAUCCUUUGUCCAGCUUGCCAAGCGACGGUAUUCGACCGCUAAUUCCCAUGUACAACAAACGCCUCUGGAGUUCCUCGUCCCGCGCAGAGCUUCUCAUUUCGGGCGUCGCACAGCGAUGUUGCCUGCUUCGAGAUCACUAGUCCUGUCAACAGGCCGACAAACAGCUGGCCGACCUUUCUCAGCAUCUGCUUCCCGUCUCGCUACGAUAUGCGUACAGAACCCCCAGAAAGAUGAAGAUGGCAAGGAUAUGGUGCUGGAAAUCACUUCAAGAGCAGCUCAGCGCCUCUCCGAGAUCAUGGUCAAAGACAAGAACCCGAACCUAGCGCUGCGGAUCCGAGUCGAGAGCGGAGGCUGCCACGGCUUUCAAUACAUGAUGAAUCUCGUUACCAUGCCCACUGGAGAAGCACGCGAAGCAUCCCCUAUUGUGAGCGAGGAAGACAGCAUUUUCCAGUACGUUCCGGACGAGGCCAGUUCCUCUUCAUCCGAAAGCAGCGCCAAGGUCAUACUAGACGAGCCUUCUCUAGAGCUUCUCAAGGGUAGCAAGGUGGACUUUACGCAGGAGUUGAUUGGGUCGCAGUUCAAGAUUGUUGAUAACCCGUAUGCGUCAAGCAGCUGCGGAUGCGGGACAAGCUUUGACAUCAAGAUGUAGAGCGUUGUUAUUAAUCCUCAUGUAUACUAUGUACAUACAACCGCACAGGUGGAGACCCUGACUAAUGAUCGCCACUUUUACUUAUGAAUGAUUCCAAUGGGUCAAGAUGCUACGAAUGCAUAGAAUGGAUGCAAUAG